CUGCCUGCACGUGAACGGGAGUAGUUUAGACGUGACAAGGGAGAUGGGCAAGGGGGAGGAGACGACAACAACAGCUCAAUUAGAAGUGGAAGAGGAGAGGAUGAUGAUAGCUCAAAGGGGGGAGGAGAGCAAGACUGCAAGUGAAGAAGAGGAGGUGGACAACAAUUAUCCACCUCAAGAAGAAGAGGCGCGGGAGAGGAAGAAAACUAAAGAGGAAGAGGAGAAUGGGAACUUUACGACUCAAAAAGAAGAGCAGGAGGAGGACAGGAAACUGUCAACUCAAAAAGAACAAAAGUGGAAAAGGCUAACUCUGAAAGAGGUGGCAAAGACGACUUCUUCCUCAGACAGGAAGUGUGUUCCAGGAAUUCUGUACCUGGGUCAUAUCCCUCCCAGGUUCCGGCCCAAACAUGUGAGAAAUCUUUUGUCUGUUUACGGCGAGAUCGGACGAAUCUUCCUACAACCCGAAGAUGGCCGGGUAAAGGCGAAGAAAAAGCGCUCGGGCUCCAGGAGGAGCGACUUCAUCGAGGGCUGGGUGGAGUUCCGUGACAAGCGCGUGGCCAAGCGCGUGGCGGCGUCUCUUCACAACACGCCCAUGGCGACACGCAAACGCCAGACCUUCGUGUCCGACCUCUGGUGCAUCAAGUACCUGCACAGGUUCCAGUGGACGCACCUGAGCGAGCGUCUGGCCUACGAGCAGAUGGUUCUCCAGCAGCGCCUGCGCACCGAAGUGUCGCAGGCCAAGCGUGAAACCAACUUCUAUCUAGACAACGUGGACAAGAGCGCUCGCAUGGACAAAGAGCGCAAGACGGGGAAGAGGAAGACGACGACGCACGCACAGCAGCACGUGGAGGAGCGCACGUGGGACUUCACGCAGCGCCAGACGGAGGAGGAGAUCCAAAGGAAGAAAAAGAAGAAUAAGAUGAAGACAACGAUGACGAUGGACUCCGGCAGCCAGAAGCAACAGGACAAGGGGUCCCUCUACCAGCUCAAGAGCCAAUCAAACGUCUCCUUGUUGGCCAAGAUUUUUAACUGCUGAUGGGAGUUAAAAAUCUGGUGGCGUGACACAAGAUGUGUAGUGGACACCUGUGUUUAAAUCCCUGAUGAUUAUGUGUCAAGGAUGUCAUUUAAUAACAGUGGAGAGGUAGCUAGCUAACUAGCUAGUAUAGCCAGAUAACCAACUACAAACAAUUUACAAGUAUACAGGCCUUAAGGGGUAUAUAAGAAAUAUAGACUAAAUUCUCAAACAACUUGCCAAAUGGGUGGAUAGGUAGUGACAUGCUAACUAGCUAGCAGUGCACCCCACCCCCACCCCGCAUAUUCGUGGUACGAUAUUUGCAAAUUCACUUGUUUUUUGGGUGGGGGGAGCCUGUCCCCCGUUAUUUGCGGAAACAACCACUUGUUUGUUUGUUUGUUUUUUGUCCCUGAUCCCCCGCUUAAGUGUUUUGUUUUCGAUAAAUGUUUUAUUUUUUCAUGUCAGUCAGUUAUUUGCGGAUUUUGGGGUCCACUUUAUACCCUAUUGGCCAACUACAAAAUCUGGGUUUACUAGGGGUACAAAGUCAUUAUCCAUGUAAGCCUAUCUUCUUUUUGCAACCCGGAAGUAGAGAUAGCAUAAAUGUGUGAAAUGUAUUGAUAAAAUUUUGUUGUUUCAAAAUAAUGGCUGUGAUUAAAGUUGUGUGAUAAUGUUUUAUUUUCCAAUAAAUUCGUCAAACAUU